AUUUUUGUUCAGGCGGACAGGUCCUGCAAGGUCACUGAAUUCUUCGGGUACGUAUUUUUCUGUAACACCACAGCGCUCUCACGCUCGACCUGCGCGUGCCCGCCGUCGCGGUGCCCUGUCCCUUUAAGAGCCUCGUGUUGUUACAGGAAGUGUGAGGGGUGUUUCCAGCUGAUCUGAACAACAGGAGGACCGGAGUCUCCCUCAGCAGUCCGACCUGUCUGUGAUUAUUCGGGCACCUUAGCAAAGCUCGCCGGUCCCGACCUCCGGCGGCUCCUUUGCGCCGCGAAGAGAGAGUCGUUCCGGGGUAAAUCAGGGGCAAAGCCGGGGGCGUAUUCUUGUCCGUUAGCCGUGAGCCGGUGCCGUCGGAAGCUGUUAGCUCGGACUGUCAUGAUCCCAGCUCGGAGAUGGCGUCCUUCCCCGGUUUGUGUAAGGCUGUCGGGCCCGCGGAGGAGGAGAACGGGGAGCUGGACGGAUCCCUGCAGCAGAUGCUGAAGGCCAUCGCGGACGAGAGGAGCCGCCUGAACAGCCGACAGGAGAUCAGCGGCAUCGGCUGUUUUAAAGAUGACCGCAUCGUUUUCUGGACCUGGAUGUUUUCCACGUACUUUAUGGAGAAGUGGGCGCCGCGACAGGACGACAUGCUGUUCUACGUCCGCCGGAAGCUCUCUUACGUCAGCGCCGACAACAGCGAGGGCAAGAAGGUGGAGGUGGAGGUCUACAGGAGGGACUCCAAGAAGCUUCCGGGCCUUGGCGACCCCGACAUCGACUGGGAGGAGAGCGUCUACCUGAACCUCAUCCUUCAGAAGCUGGACUAUGUGGUGACGUGCGCCGUCUGCACACGCUCAGACGCAGGAGAUAUCCACAUCCACAAGAAGAAAUGUCAGGAAGUGUUUGCGUCUCCGAGUAAACAUGCCAUGGACAGCAAAGGGGAGGAGUCCAAGAUGAGCUACCCCAACAUCUUCUUCAUGAUCGACAACUUUGAGGAGGUGUUCAGUGACAUGACGGUGGGUGAGGGUGAGAUGGUGUGCGUGGAGCUGGUGGCGAGCGACAAGAGCAACACCUUCCAGGGCGUCAUCUUCCAGGGCUCGAUCCGCUACGAGGCGCUCAAGAAGGUCUACGACAACCGGGUGAGCGUUGCUGCUAAGAUGGCCCAGCGGAUGUCUUUCGGCUUCUACAAGUACAACAACAUGGAGUUUGUGAGGAUGAAGGGGCCGCAGGGCAAAGGUCACGCCGAGAUGGCCGUCAGCAGGGUGCCGACCGGCAACACCUCCCCCUGCGGCACCGAGGAGGACCAGGUGUCGCCAAUGCACGAGAGGGUGACAUCGUUCAGCACGCCUCCGACCCCGGAGAAGAACCGCCCCUCCUUCUUCUCGCCGUCUCUCAGGCGCAAGAUGCCUCGAAACCGAAUCGCUGAGAUGAAGAAGUCUCAUUCUGCCAACGACAGCGAGGAGUUCUUCAGGGAGGAGGAAGAUGAAGAUCUUCACACCACCACAAACCUCCGCUCGCGCUCGCUGUCGGGCACCGGGCGCUCAUUGGUCGGCUCGUGGCUCAAACUUAACCGGGCAGAGGAUUUUUUCCUGCUGUACUCACACCUGACCUACGUCACCCUGCCACUGCACCGCAUCACCACAGACAUCCUGGAGGUGAGGCAGAAGCCAAUCCUGAUGACAUAGCAUAGCGGGACUCAAAGCAUCACUACGAAGUGCCUCCUGCAUCAGGCCGCCGAGACAACAGCAGCGCUCCCGGUGUUCCGACCGAGACCCGCAACCAAACAGCCGCUUCAACCGGAGACGCAGAAACGGCGUCAGAGGGACGACGAACAAACCAGCCAUCCGAGAAGUGCCUCCGACUAUUUCGGUUCCUGCGGCCAUCUCCACGGAAAUGGGCCCGGAGUCAGGAUCACAUGACCUCUGCGUGAACUGACCGGAAAUGAGAGCGAAGAAUGUUUUUGUCUGUAAAUACUUGCUGCUUUUCUCACAGACGCCUUGACUAAAGGUCGAGCUUUUAGAGACCGCCUCCUACUUCCUGUUCAGCUCGCCGUGGACUUCUUGUUUAAACUCCACCACAGGUGAAAUUCUGGAUCACAGUGAUUUUGUGAGAGGAAACGGCGGGGUCAAAUCCACCUGACUCAUACAGGAAGUGCUCACUUCACUUCAGAAUAAAACACCACCCUGUACUAUUACAGCUUCACUAUCAGAAUAUUUUUCAUUUCUGAGUUCACAGUUUAAACCAAACCACAUGUGACAUAUGUGUCACAUGACACAGUCAGUUAAGGAUUCUGUCAUAAUCAUUUUAUAGGAUUAUAACUACAGACAAAAAUUUUAAAAAUAAUUUUAAGAAUUAUAAUUCUUUUCAACAAAGACAUGACCCACAUUUUCACAACACAGGUUUUUUUUCCUGUUUUUGUAGAGAAAAGAUGAAAUAUUUCAUAUUUAUUAAUAUUUGUUGUUGAACUUUAGUAUCAGAUAUCAAAGAUUUUACAGGAAAAGUGAUUAUGAAAAUAAUCAUUUUUGUUCAUUAUGUUGAAAGUUUUCCCUUUUAAAAGAAAAUUCAUCUAAAGAAUAAAUUACAUUUUCACCUUAAGAUUUCUCUCAAAAUGACUCAAACCUCAGUCAUUCACUAAGAUCAGCAAACAUUAAAACAAGUCCUCAUUCAGACACUAAAACCUAAAACUCUUUAUUUAAACACUACUCGCUUUAUGUUGGAGGAUUUUCUGAGUUCUAAUGAAACAAAAAUACAGAAAAUAAAUACAGUUCUGAUGCUGAAGACCCAACCUCAUCUUGUGCGUUGUUAAUUUCUUUGUAUAUAAUGAAUUUUAUAAGUUUAAGAUGUGAAACUAUAAAUGUAAGUUAUUAUAUAUCUGCGUUUUUCACAAUUUCGUACUUUUGUCUUACAGUGUAAAACGCUUGGAGGCGACUUGUGUUGUGAUUAUAUGAAUAAAACUGAAUUUACGGAAAAUUUUCAAUGAACAAAAAGUCAUUUUGAGAGAAAUCUUGAAUUAUUUUAACUGGUGCAAUGUCAUAAACGCUAACGUGGAAUAUUUCUAAUUAAGAAAUUCUCUUAUAUUUUAUUCCAACACUCCAGAGUAUUCCCUAAAUAUUUUAAACUUUUAACUGUAUGUACGUAUGAUUGAAAGCAAACAGUCUAUAACAUUUAAUGGUAACUUUAUGACAAGUGUUUUUAAAACUAGCAUUUAUCGUCAGCACUGAAGGAAAUUUUAAGACAUUUAGAACUUAAGAUUUUUCACAAAUUUGUGCCAUGAGUUUUCUUUCUGUUGCAUUAUUUCAUUAAGCUCAUUAAAAAUAUUCAGUUUUAAAAACUAAAACUUAUUGUAAAAUUGCAGUUUAUGAAUUGUUACACAAAAUGAUUUCAGUAUUUAAAUAUUUGACUAAAACUGACAUCUUAAGUCCAAAAUCUUUGAGUUUACUCUAAAGUUAAAAUUAAAACGAGUUUGAAUACAGCUUUAAUUAUGAUGACAUGUUCAGUGUGGGAUCAUUUCAGUAGGACUUGUUGAACCAUGGUUCAGUAUUUGACCCCGUCCUCGUGUCCUCGUCUUUAUAUGAAAUCAGUUUUUCUUGUGAUGAAACUCUGCCGUCGACUUUUCACAUCGACUCACUAAAGAGAAAAAAGGAAAGAAAAAAAGCAGCUUAUAAAAACCAGCUUUUACUUUUUACAGCUUUAUUUUCAAACCUGCGGCUGAAACUGGACGAGACUUGAAAACCUGCUGAAGUUCCGGACAAAACUUUAAGGGAACAAAAGAAACUGAAGCAGCCGGCUGUUGAUGUUAAAGUGACUCCCGGUUUUUGUCCCUCCAAGCUCCCGAAGCCUUAAACACACUGACUGUGUGUGUAACAUCUCCUCUUUUCACUUCCUGUUUCUUUAAACUCACCUGUGAGACGUUUUAGACACACCAACCAGCCGAGGCUUCGAAGCGUCACCUGCUCCUCACCUGCAUCAUCAGAACACCAGAAUCAGAAUCACUAUGUGUGACUCACAGCGGCUCCUUUUUUAAUGUUUCCUGUGAAAAAUGAGUUUUUUUGGAUGUUGGAAAAAGUUACAGCUGAGAAAAUGUUUUAAGAAAACUGAAAUGAAUUCAUUUUAAAAACACUGUUAGGGUGGUGGGGGUUAAAAUUGAACUGAUUCUACGUAAGUAAAAAUUUUAGUUUUUAAGGGAAUUCAUUAAAAAACUGCUUUUACCCCCAGAAUGGAAAAAAUCUCAGUAACCUCCUAAAAGUGAAAUCAAUUUUACUCUAAAAUUUCAAAGAAAAAUGAGUCUGUUUUUAAAGUAAGUCGUACCUUGAGAAAAAAAUCCAACUCUGAUCCAAAGUUUGUGAUAAAAUGAUGUAAUGUUACCAUCUUACAUUAUUAAAAUUAGUUUUAGACAUUGGAAAAAAAUUGUUUUUCGAGAAUAAACUUUAAGGUUUUAAUGAUUUACAUACAAGCUGUACUACAAACACCUGGUGUUUUCAGGUUUGAGGGUGGAGUCAGAUCAGCUGUUGGUGUUAUUGAUCAGAUGUCAUCAGUGAUUGGUUUGCUCUCAGAUGAAGCCAUCGUCGCUCAAAGUGUUUUCCUCCGUGUCGUAUUGAACCUUUUUCUUUGUGUCAGUGUUUUUGAUGUAGUUUAUAGAUCUCCAGCUGAAUGUAUCCACGCUGAUCAACAAGCGCUUUAAGUGAGAGACGUUUGACAGACUGUGACGGUUUGCACUGUAAAACGCUUUUACAGCCUUUUUGGAAGCAGUUUGUUAAACUUUCUGUUGACGUGUUCACGCUUCCAUCACAGCUUUUGUACACAAAGACACUUAAUGUGCAUGUUUCUGUCUCUUCUUUUGUUUCCAGACUCUCUGUACAUUCUCCUGCAUUUAUUUACUGAAAUACACAUUAGCAGAAAAACGCCUCAAUGUCAGGUCGUCUCAGUUCAGCCCCACAGUAUGUAGUUGGUCCAGGUCAUUAAGGCGGACUUACUACAGUUACACUGAGCU